UUUACGUAGCAAAUUUGUGUACAGAAGUAAGUUUAGUUUUUGAUACGUGCACUAUGGCACUGUAGGAUGCCUUGGCGGGAUAAAUCCAGUAAGCCUAAGGUGCCGGAGGGUACUGCUUACGUCCCUUUGCAGCUGCCUAGUGGAGUGCCUAUGCCCAUGUGCUUUUGCGGCGAUCCUUACAAGGUCGCCGAGUCUGAUGAAGAGGAUACGUACAAGCAAAGGUACUGGAUGUGCGCAAAUUAUGCAUUCGAUCCACCACCUCGUAUGAUCCGCAUUGGGCGGCUGACCCCUCCACCGCUCUGUGAUUUUGAGCAGUGGAUCGACACGGAGAUUAAACCGGAGGACAAGAGGUACAUGGAGUUGUGCAAGAAGUGGGAAGCGGAGCGCCUGGAGAGGGUGGAUAAGUGACGCCAGGAGGAGGCUGCAGAAAUGGACAGGAAAGAAGAAAUGGAAAGAAGGCAUGCUGCUGAGCGUAGGGAGGAGAGGGAGCGGAAGCUUGAGCGUGCUCGCCGUGCUAAAGCUGCUUUGGAGGAUAAUCCAGAUGCAUUGAGGAAGGGAAAGUGGCCUCGUUGCACGCAGUAGGAUGCGGGAUUUGCUUGAUGUAUGAUUUAGUCAUGUGUGCUACUGU